UGUUAGUCCGUUAUGUAAACUUAGCCCAUAAGAGUCAAAGGUCCGGCAGCGCAUCGAAGCAACAAAACGACCAACACGUUUUCAGAAACCUCUUCAUCAUAGCCGUCCAUUCUCAUAAUAGAUCCGUGUUUUCUUCCUCCUAUAAAUUGAAGAGGUUUCUUGUUGAUUUUUCAUCUACCAGUUUCCAUUGAUCGCUUGUUUUUCUUUGUUCGUCAACCGUCUUAAGGAAGUUCCGGUUUCUUUUGCGAACUUCGACGACUUCGGUUCCAUCGAGAUUUGCAAUUAUGGCAGAAGGAGAAGCAAAUCUGCAAAAACAACAGAUUGAGGAGGAUGAGAGAUUGAAGUAUUUGGAAUUUGUGCAAGUGGCUGCAAUUCAUGCUUUGCUGGCAUUCACAAAUCUCUACCUAUAUGCCAAGGAUAAGUCCGGCCCGUUGAAGCCUGGUGUUGAGACUGUUGAGGGUACAGUCAAGAGCGUAGUUGGACCUGUUUAUGAUAAGUUUCAUGAUGUUCCUUUUGAGAUUCUCAAGUUUGUAGAUCGCAAGGUCGAUGAAUCUGUUACUACUCUCGACCGCCGUGUGCCCCCAGUUGUCAGGCAGGUUUCUGCUCAUGCUAUUUCAGUAGCUAGAGAUGCUCCAGAGGCUGCUCGUGCCGUGGCUUCUGAAAUGCAACUCACUGGUGUGAAGGAAACUGCUUCUGGUUUUGCAAAGACUUUGUACACAAAGUAUGAACCCAAAGCUAAGGAGCUGUACACUAAGUAUGAGCCCAAAGCGGAACAAUGUGCUGCCAAUGCUUGGCGCAAGCUCAAUCAACUCCCGCUCUUCCCUCAAGUGGCUAAGGUUGUUGUGCCAACUGCAGCUUAUUGCUCUGAGAAAUACAAUCAGACAGUGGUUAGCACUGCAGAGAAGGGAUACAGGGUGUCCUCCUAUUUGCCUUUGGUGCCUACUGAAAGAAUUGCCAAGGUGUUUAGGGAUGAGGAGCCUCAGUAUACCCCACUUGUUUCGAGCUGAGCAUGAGCAACAUAUUGACUUGCCCUUGAAAUAUUGUCAUCAUGUAGAUUUGCCUUUGAAAUAUUGUCAUUAUGGAUUAUUCUCUUUUAUGUGUGGGGUAUACAGCAAGAAAAUGUGUGGAUUUUGUGGUGAUGUGUUUCAAGGAUCAGUUCCUGUCGUUUGAAUUCAUAAUAUAGUGGUUACUGUUUCCGUUGCGUAUAA